CAAUGAUUGUGCGAUUCUUUUUUAAUAAAUUAUCACGUUUUAAUGAGUUAAUGAUGACUUGCUUAGUAUUUGUAAAUAAAAACGACAGUUGCAGUUGAUAAUACUUCAGUUCUCAUUGAUUGUACCCACGUGUAGCCACGAGUUAAAGUUUCACUUUAAUGUGCACAUAGUAAUAGCAAAUAAUAAUGUGGGAAUUAUUUGAAGUUUUAUUCUCCUCGAAAUUAUUUUGGAGUACAUCUUUUGUAUUUGCUAUUUAUUUCUAUCUUAAAUUGGUAACGUACAAUUAUUUCAAAAAGAAUGACAUCCCAGCGGAGGAUUAUGUGAUACCUUUUGGAAGUUUAUUACCUAUUGCUACGGGACAAAAAUGCAUUGGUCACUUGAUUCUGGAAAGUUAUAAACGUUUUAAAUCACAUCCCUAUCAUGGAUUAUAUAUGCUUCAUGUGCCACAAUUAAUAAUCAAUGAUCCUGAAUUAAUUCGUCACAUUAUGGUGAAGGAUUUUAAUACUUUUCAAGAUCGUGGCUUGUAUUUUAAUAAGGAAGUUGAUCCACUGUCAGCACAUUUAUUCUUUCUUCCUGGCGAUGAGUGGAAACAUCUUAGAACAAAACUUUCGCCAACUUUUACAUCGGGGAAAAUAAAACAAUUGUUUCCGUUAGUGGAAAAAGUUGGUGUGGAAUUGGUAAAGGAGUUGAAUAAUUGUGUUGAUAAAUCGAAUAUUGUGGAAAUUAAGGAUAUAUUAAGCAGAUUUACAACUGAUGUAAUUUCCUCCAUUGCAUUUGGCUUGGAGUGUAACAGUCUAAAAAAUCCAGAAGCAGAUUUUCGUGUGUUUGGAAAAAAAUCUGUUAGUGUUCAUCCAAUUAAAACGUCACUAUUAUUCUUUUGCUCUACAAUUCUCGAUAUUUUGAAAAUUCCUCUUACUCCUCAUAGUGUAACAAAAUUUUUUCUAUCAGUAUUCACUGAAGUAAUUGAUCACAGACGUAAAAAUUAUACAGUGAGAAAAGAUUUUCUCAAUUUAUUAAUUCAACUUAUGGAUAACGGAGAAGUUGAGGAUGAUGUUGAUACGAAAAAUUCGCAAAAGAAACAAAACUCUGUUAAAAAUAUUGAGAAAAUUAGCAUGAUAGAGGCAUGUGCACAAAGUUUUGUAUUUUUUGUCGCUGGUUUUGAAACUUCGUCAACAACGACUACAUAUUGUUUGCAUGAAUUGGCACAAAAUCAAGAAAUUCAAGACAAAUUACGAAAGGAAGUUAAUGAUACAAUGGGAGAUCGGAGGACAAUAACUUAUGAGGAUGUUUACGCUAUGAGCUAUCUUGAUAAAGUUGUGUCAGAAACAUUGAGAAAACAUCCAAUUGUUCCGAUUUUGAACCGUAUCGCUCUGAAGGAUUAUAAAAUUCCUAAUUCCGAUUUUUGCAUUAAAGAAGGAAUGCAAAUAAUUAUUCCCGUAUUGGGUCUGCAUACUGAUCCAAAUUUCUAUCCAAAUCCUGAAGAAUUCAGACCAGAGCGAUUUGAUGCGGACCAAGUGGCGAAAAGACACACAUUUACUUAUAUACCAUUUGGAGAAGGACCAAGAAUUUGCAUAGGAAAGCGAUUUGGAUUAUUACAAGUUAAAGUUGCUGUAAUUGAGAUACUGUUAAAUUUUAAAGUAAACUUUUGUGGAAAAACUGAAAAUCCAUUGAAGCCCACAACUCGUAAUUUGCUUCUUGCGCCAGAAAAUGACGUAUUCCUUGAAUUUCAGAGGUUAAUGCAUAUAUGCGAUAAAUUUGUAAAUGUGAUAAUCAUGUGGGAAUUGAUAGAAAAUUUAUUGUAUUCUAAAUUAUUUUUUAGCACAAUUUUUGUAUUUGCCAUUUAUUUAUAUCUUAAAUUCGUAACUUUUAAUUAUUUCAAAAAGAAUCAUAUACCGGAGGAGAAGAUUGUUAUUCCUUUUGGAUGUUUAUUGCCUAUUGCAACAGGAAAAACGUGUCUCGGUCUCUUUAUAAAGGACAGUUACGAACGACACAAAGUAAAUCCUUAUCAUGGAUUAUACAUGCUUCAUAUGCCACAUUUGAUAAUUAAUGAUCCUGAAUUAAUUCGACUGAUUAUGGUGAAGGAUUUUAAUUAUUUUCACGAUCGUGGUCUAUAUUUUAAUAAAGAAAUUGAUCCAUUAACGGGUCAUUUAUUCUUUUUGCCUGGCGAGGAAUGGAAACAUCUUAGAUCCAAACUUUCGCCAACUUUUACAUCGGGGAAAAUAAAACAAUUGUUUCCAUUAGUGGAAAAAGUUGGCGAUGAUUUAAUAAGAGAAUUUGAUAAUUGCAUUCGAAUAUCGAAAACAGUGGAAAUUAAGGAUCUAAUGGGCAGAUUCACAACUGACGUGAUUGCUACUAUUGCAUUUGGUUUGGAGUGCAACAGUUUAAAAAAUCCAGACGCAGAUUUUCGUGUUUUUGGGAAAAAGUCUUUGGACAUUAAUCCAAUUAAAAUGACAUUUACAAUGUUCGGUUCUCAACUAUUAAAUUGUUUCAAAGUGCCCCUUACUGAUAAGGAUGUCACACAUUUUUUUUGUACAGUUUUUAGUGAUGUAAUAGAACAUAGACGUAAAAAUUAUACAGUGAGAAAGGAUUUUCUUAAUUUAUUGAUUCAGCUUAUUGAUCAUGGAGAAGUUGAGGAUGAUGAAGAUACGAAGAAUUCACCAAAAAAACAAAAGACUGAUGCAAAAAGUAAUGACACAAUUAGUAUGUCUGAGGCAUGUGCACAAAGUUUUGUAUUUUUUGUCGCUGGAUUUGAAACUUCCUCAUCGACGACUACAUAUUGUUUGUAUGAAUUGGCUCAAAAUCUAGAGAUUCAAGAAAAGUUACGUAAUGAAAUUAAUACUGCACUUGGAGGUCGUACUACUUUAAGUUAUGAGGAUGUGCACGCAAUGAGCUACCUCGAUAAAGUUGUGUCGGAGACAUUGAGAAAGUAUCCGAUACUUCCAAUUUUGAAUCGUAUCUGUUUGAAGGAUUACAAAAUUCCCAAUUCUAAUUUCACCAUUAAAAAGGGAAUGAAAUUGAUUAUUCCAAUAUUGGGUUUGCAAAAUGAUCACAAUAUUUAUCCAAAUCCCGAUAAAUUCAUACCAGAGAGAUUUAAUUCUGAUCAGGUGGCGAAAAGACAUGCAUUCACUUAUUUACCAUUUGGAGAAGGACCGAGAAUUUGUAUUGGUAAACGAUUUGGUCUAUUGCAAGUAAAAGUUGCUCUAAUUAAAAUACUGUCUGAGUUUAGAAUUACAGUUUGUAAGAAGACUGAGAUUCCAUUGAAGCCAACGAAGCGUAAUUUACUUAUUAUGCCUGAAAGUGAUGUCUUCUUGGGUGUUGAAAGAUUAAUAAAGUAAUUUUUUUUGAGUGACUUUUUUUAUUGAUUUCUCGAGGGCUGUGUUUAAAAAUAUAAAAAUCUAUGAGGAUCUUUGUAUAAAAUGUCUCGCGUGACUUGAAUUUCUUACCCCCCCCCCCCAUAGUUAUUAACAAAUA